AUGUCAUCAUUUCAGUUACAGAAUGCAGAAGUAUUGGCAAGAUUGAAGCCUUUUGGCAUUCUGUUCGAAAAAUCACUUAGCGAUUUAAUUAAAGGAAUUAGAUCAUAUUCCAAGGAAUCCGCCGAAAGCUUACUGGGGUUCUUGGAUUCUGCAAUUAUGGAAUGCAAGAACGAAUUGAGUACGACUGAUCUAGAGACGAAAGCUAUGGCUAUAUUAAAGUUAACAUAUUUAGAAAUGUACGGGUUUGAAAUGUCAUGGUGCAAUUUUCAAAUUUUAGAGGUUAUGUCUUCGAGUAAAUUUCAACAGAAGAGAAUUGGAUAUUUAGCAGCAAUACAGUCAUUUAAGAAUGAACAAGACUUAUUGAUUCUUGCCACGAACCAAUUUAAAAAGGAUUUAAAUUCACAUAAUCAUAUCGAAAUAGGUCUAGCACUAAGUGGAAUUGCUACUAUUGUGACCCCCAAUUUAUCGAAAGAUAUUAACGAUGAUGUGUUGAUUAAAUUAAAUCAUUCAAAGCCAUAUAUUCGGAAAAAGGCCGUGUUAGCAAUGUACAAGAUAUUUCUUCAAUAUCCAGAUAGUUUGAGAAUGAACUUUAAUAGAAUUAUAGACAAAUUGGAUGACUCUGACAUUUCAGUAGUAAGUGCCACUAUUAAUGUGAUUUGUGAGAUUUCGAAGAAGAACCCAAACGUCUUCGUCACAUAUUUACCAAAAUUCUUCACCAUCUUGGAAGGGACUAAAAAUAAUUGGUUAAUUAUCAGAAUUCUCAAAUUGUUUCAAAGCUUGUCAAAGGUUGAGCCAAGAAUGAAAAAGAAAAUCUUACCAACCAUAAUGGAAUUAAUGUUGAAAACUCAGGCGUCAUCUCUAAUAUAUGAAUGCAUUAAUUGUAUUGUUAACGGCUCGAUUUUAUAUCCUGAUUCAUCUAAAGACAAGGAAACUGCUAAAACUUGUAUCGAACAAAUUAUGAAUUUUUUUGAAACUAGAGAUUCUAAUUUGAAAUUUGUUGGAUUAAUAGCUUUAAUUAAUAUACUUCAAAUAUUCCCUGACUUAAUGCAUAAGGUGAAAGGUGUUUCACAAGUCAUUAUGGAUUGUCUUACUGACAAUGAUAUUAUUAUUAAGCGAAAAGCCUUAGAAGUCAGUUCUAGUUUAGUAACCGAAGAUAAUAUAACGGAAUUGGUUAAAGUUUUAUUGGUUCAAUUAAUUCCUUCCGAAACAACUACAAUUCCUGAGACUUUAAAAUUAGAAAUAACUAUGAAAAUAUUGUCAAUUUCGUCUAAGGAUAACUAUUCAAAUAUUCCCAAUUUCAAAUGGUAUAUUGCGGUAUUGAAGGACAUGAUUAAUUUAACUUUAUUACCAUUAUCCUCGAUAAAUAAUGCAAAUAUUUCCCCAAGCAUAUCCAACUCUAUAGCGAGUGCUAUUGGUAAUGAAUUUAAAAUAUUAGCCACCAGAGUACCUUCAAUUAGAUCAGCAAUUCUCAAUAAAGUUAUUUCAGAUUCUGUUCAAGAUGUUAGAGUCUUGGAAAACUGUCCGUUAUUAUUAAGAGACUUCUAUUGGAUAAUGGGUGAAUAUAUUGAUGAGUUUAGGAUUACUUCUGAUGAAAGCGAUGAUGACGAAGACGAAAACAGUAUUACAAGUACGGUAGAUAUAGGGAAAUUAAUCCAAAUAUUCAAUACACUUGUGAACCAUAAAAUUGACACUAAAUUAAACUUGAUAACUUCACUCAAAUUUCCAAUAUCUGCUAAACUACUUAAACUACAACAAUCUGAUGUUCUUGUUGUCUUGAUUCAGGCAUUAAUUAAAUUGUAUAAUGGUAUUGUUACUGGUUAUAAUUCCGGUGGUAUUACUAAUGGAUCCAUAACCCAAGAUAACUAUAAGCAACUCAGUUACUUUUUAUAUAAAUUAAUUAAUUUUUUGGAAAAUUGGGAGUUCCACUCAAAUUAUGAAGUUCAGGAACGUGCAUUGUCUUGGCUAGAAUUUUUGAAACUAUGCUUAGAAGCUAUGGUUAAAAAUGAUUAUAAGGCCAUUGAAAAGUUAGAAUACGAAGAAGUAGAAUAUUAUAAGCAACUAGCUUUAGUUGAGAAAAAUGAAGAUGAUGAAAAUGAAUUCGAUAGUAAUAGUGAUGAAGAUAGUGAUAGCAACGAAGAUAGUGAUAGCAACGAAGAUAGCGAUGGUGACGAAGAUAGUGAUGAAGAGGAGAAUAGUGAAGAGGGUUUAGAAGAUGACGGGAAAUCGCAUAUUAACAAAGAUUAUGAAAACUUAUUAUCGCUGGAUGAUGAAAAAGAGGAAGCCAAUGCAGCUAACCCAAUUAAUACUGGAGUUAUUAGCCCGUCUAUAGAGGGUGCCCUCCCAGUAACCGAAGAAUACGAAUCUAACUUUUCCGAAUCAUCUAAUGAGCAACUACCAAUGUUAUUAACACAUGUCUUACCAUCAUUCUUUAAAUCAUAUCCAUUGAAUCCAAUUUCCUGGAAUUCACAACGUAAGAUUCAAAUUCCGGAGAAUUUAAAUAUAGACGAGCAAAUAAACUCAUCUCUAUUCGAAAUCAUAAGCGAAGACGAGGAUAAUAAUGGAGAUUCUUAUUCUAUGUUUUUAUCUGAUGACUCUUCUAUGAAUGAUUCAGAUUAUCCAUUAAUUAAUCUCUCUAACGAAGGAAGCCAGGAAGAUCUCAGAAAGAAGCAAGAGAGAAUCGAGAGAUUGAAAGAUGAUCCAUAUUAUAUUACUUCGACAAGUAAUAAGAAAUCAAAAUCAAAAUCUAAGUCAAAGUCAAAUAGGCUUCUUGUGGCAGAUGAUGAAAAGCAAUCUAGUCCCGACAUUAAUGAAAUUUCUUCAAUACAUUCUGGUCAACAAUUGAAAUCGAAGAAACCGAAAUCCAAGAAAGUGAAGAAAGAAAGAGUAGUUAUUUUAUCUGAAGAAACUAUUGAGGGGUCGAACAAUGAACCUGAACCUGAAAUAGUUGCACCUCCGAAGCCUAGAAAGAAAAAUAUUUUAAAUAUUGAUUCUUCAAAUCUAAAUAACUUCGAUUUGAAUUCUUCAUCAAUUUCAGAUGCUGCAUCAACCAUAGAACCUAAGAAUAAGUCUUAUGAAUACGAUAUUGAUUUAAAUGACUUGAGAAGUAAAUUGGCAGAGUCUUCACUUGGUAAGAAACCCAAAAAAACUAAGAAAAGUAAAUCAAAGAAAAAAGAGAAAGAAGUUAAUGAAAAUAAAACUGCACCUUCGGUUGAUGAUGAGGCUAAUACGGGGAUCAGUAAUAUUACAGCUACACCGCAAGAACAUAUGUCGACCACUGAAGAUAAUAUAAUUUCAGUUAAUAAGCCUAAGAAGACUAAAAAAAAAAGUAAGGCAAUAAUUCUAGAAGAUUGA